AUGGCGGGCGUCGCAACAGCCUAUUCCUCCGAUGCUUUAGCAUCGCCAACCGUGGAUGCCUCGCAAUGGGAGUUCGCUGUGCCGCUGGGCCACGAGGAAAAUCGCCAUGCGAGACCACGCAAUUCGCAGGACUCGGCCUCCGUCCGUGCAAAAUCUUCCCGGAAGCGUAACUCGAACGGCUCCCGCAGCUCCUCCGUCUCCCGCGCUGUCCACGCCCACGAAUCCCCCUAUUUGACCUCCAACCGAGGGCGCAGGGAACCGAGCCUGAACCGACGCGGCAGUGAAGUAGGCAGUAUGCGAGAUGCAUAUGGACACGAGGCUAGCCGUAAAGAAUCCGAGGAAGGAAGGGAAGGUCUGAAUGUAUUCUUGGACGGGAAAACGAGCCAGGAGCAAUGGAUCCACCGAGACAAGCUGGCGAAGAUUGAGAGCGAGGAACUGCACCAGGCUGCCAUUCUCUUCCAGCGACGCAUGAGAGGAGAAAGCAAGUCGAGCGGUCGAGAAAGAAGCCAUGAUUCUCAUGGCAAUGCGAAUGGCACCGGUCCCACCUCACCGGCCGAAUACUCUGAGCCCUGGCCGGAGCUGAGGCAAGAAUCUCGCAGAGAUGUGAACGGGCAUGAGACCGACGAGCGAAGACACUGGGACCUCCGCCGACCGGAGGAGAUUGCUGCGGACGAUGCGGCUGCCAGCAUUUACAGCCACCCCAGUUUGGGAAAAAGCGCGUCGCGUAUACCCAUCUCUACAGCCAGUCCAGUUCCACUCUCUGGUUCGGGCCGUGAUUCCCGUGGUCCUCGUAGCCGGGCAGCAACGGAUGAAGACGACCGAUCUUCACGCGGCCGUAGAGCAAGCGAGCCUAUCAACAUCGACCAGGAGACUUCCACUCCCUCGCCCACGAGCCGACCCGGCAGCCGGGGCUUCAGCACCACCCAAAACACACCGGCUAAGAAGAAGUCCACGGGCUCGAGCAACCGAAAGACCUCGGCCCCUCCCACCAACCGCAAGACCAGUGCCGCACGAUCUCGUGCGGUGUCAGGAAAUGCACGACCCACGACCCGCGGCAACGAGAGUCGCCCGACGACAUCAGCCAACCGGCCUGAGGGUGAUCCCCCAUGGCUGGCGACUAUGUACAAGCCGGAUCCUCGCCUCCCGCCAGACCAGCAGAUGCUCCCCACACUCGCCAAGAAGAUGCAGCAAGAGCAGUGGGAGAAAGAAGGUCGCACUCCGAACACAUAUGACCGCAACUUUGCGCCUCUUGCUGUGCAUCCAUCCGACGCACCACCCGUUCCUUCAAAGACAGACCCGGGGCCCGAGCCCGAGCCCGAGCCUCAAUCUCAAUUCCAACAACCUGGCGACUCCAUGCGGCUAGAUGAUUUGCCGCAACAGUCCAAGAGCCCAGAGCCGCCGCGCCCAAACACGAGCACUGGGUAUAGCACCAUGCCCAAGGUGCAAGACACACCCCCAAUGGGACUUACACCCAACCCCAACCCCAACUGGAACCCGCCUGUCGUCACCGCGCGCGAACAGCCAAAGAAAGAGAAGAGCUGCGGAUGCUGCAUCGUGAUGUGA